AUGUUCUUUCUUCAUAUUUUGUACACAAUUGCCCUUGCUAUAAGUCUUGUUUUGGCUAUAUUAAUCAUAAUUUUGGUAUGGUUAUUUCAUCUUAGUGGAAUGAGUUACAGUUUAUAUAAAUUCCACCGAAAGCCAUCACAUAGUAAUCUCAAGGAACUACCAGGCGUUUCCAUAAUUAAGCCACUAACAGGAAUCGAUACAAAUUUAUAUGAAAAUUUAAAAACAUUUUUCAAUCUUCAAUAUCCUCGUUAUGAAAUUCUUUUUUGUGUACAAGAACACGACAAUGAAUUAAUUGAUAUGAUCGAAAGACUUCGAGAAGAAUAUUCAGAUGUUGACUCGAAAUUAUUUAUCGGUUCACAAAAACUUUUAUCCGGUGAUAAAUUAUUAAAAAAUGGUACAAUGGAUAUUAAAAAUCCGAAAAUAUAUAAUAUGUUACCUGCCUAUGAAAAAGCUCAAUAUCCAUAUAUAUUAAUAUCAGAUAGUGGUUUAAUGAUGCAUGAACAUACAUUAUAUGAUAUGGUUAUGUGUAUGACCGAUAAUGUUGGUCUUGUUCAUCAAAUGCCAUUUACAUGUGAUAGGAAAGGUUUUGCUGCAUCUGUUGAAAAGGUUUAUUUCGGUACACAACAUGCUCGUAUGUAUAUGACAAUCAAUUUAAUUGGUAUAAAUUGUGUUACUGGAAUGUCAUGUUUAAUACGUAAAGAAUGUAUUGAUCGCGUUGGUGGUUUACGUGCUUUUGGUCAUUAUAUAGCGGAAGAUUAUUAUAUAGCUUAUGAAGUAGCUAAACAAGGUUGGAAAUUACGUGUUGCAUCAGCACCAGCACAACAAAAUUCAGGCGAAUAUUCUGUAUCAACAUGGAUUGAUCGAAUGAUUCGAUGGUGCAAAUUGAGAAUGCGUCUAAGUCCAUUAGCUUAUUUAGAACCAUUACAAGAGUGUUUUUCAUCAGCUAUAUUAGCUGGUAUAGUUACAAAUUAUUUAUUUGAAUGGAAUGCUCUUGUUGUUGCUGCUUGUCAUAUUUUAAUAUGGUUCAUUCUUGAUUAUCUUAUGCUUCGAAUAACACAAGGUGGUGCAUUACCUUUUUCAAAAUUUGAAUUUGCUAUCGCAUGGCUUGUUCGCGAAUUUUCAUCAUUUUACAUCUAUUUUAAAGCAUUCACUGGUUCGUCAACAGUUAAAUGGCGUGGAAAAGAAUAUCGUCUUGGUUCAGGUACACGAGCAGAAGAAUUAUCUCCUUUAUCGUUACCACCACCUGCACCAUCUCUUCUUGUCGAAUCAUCAUCAUUAUCAUCUAUAUCAUCGUCAUCAUCAUCCUCUAAUUCAACAUUGCCAGUGGCUGGACCACAUCUUUUAUCUUCAUCAUCAUUAUCAUCUACCAAACAAUCAUCUCAACUUGUAUGA